GAAAAAUACAACAUGAGGAAUCGGUGUUAACAGAGGCUAUCUGCACUCAUAACUGCUUUUGGUGCAAAAGAUGCCAGGUCUGGUCGACUCAGACGCUGCCCUGCCUGAGUCUCAGGAGAAGAAGCCGCUGAAGCCCUGCUGCGCCUCCCCGGAGACAAAGAAGGUGCACGAUGCGUGUAUCAUUGAGAAAGGAGAAGAACACUGUGGACAUCUAACUGAGGUCCACAAGGAAUGCAUGAGAGUCCUGGGAUUUAAAAUAUGAAACGGUGGUCUGGUGUGUGAAUAAAUAAUUGCUGAAGAAUAAAGAAGAUUAAUUUUGGGAGUUCUUUGAUGAACUUUGAUAUGUGGAAAAAGUAUUUAUAAUUUAUUUUAAAAAGAAUAAAAUAUUACU